AUGAUUGGGGACGGCGGGGAGUGGCUUAUGGAGCUGAAGCUUGCGCCAUCUGUCAUCGGAGGCCUCGUCCUGCCCAUCAUCGGCGCCCUGCCUGAUGCUCUCAUCAUCAUCAAUUCAGGACUCCACGAGUCGCGCUCCGCGGCGCGCGAGGAGAUCUCGGUCGGCAUGGGCACGCUCGCGGGCAGCACCGUGAUGCUGCUGACUAUCGUGUGGGGCGGCAGCGUCCUCCUGGGCCGCUGCGACCUGGAUGACGUCACCGGCGCGCAGCGCGACCGCACGCGCACGCGGCCGUGGUUUGACCUGGUCAACACAGGGGUCAGCACCGACGCAGCGACGCCGCGCAGCGCGUGGGCAAUGCUGGCGGCAGCGGGGCUGUUUGUGGUUGUGCAGGCGUCAGCCUUUGCUGUGCCCAGGCAGCACGCCAAGCUGCACUCUGGGGUGUCGCUGGCGGGCUGCAUCCUCUGCUUCAUCACGCUCGCAGUAUACUGCGGCUACCAG